AUGCCGAAUGAUGACAGGGUGCCGAAGGCAUCGCUCUCGUCCAAUGAUGGCGGGGUGCCGAAGGCAUCGCUCACACCGAAUGAUUACGGGGUGCCGAAGGCAUCGCUCAUGCCGAAUGAUGAUGGGGUGCCGAAGGCAUCGCUCUCGUCCAAUGAUGGCGGGGUGCCGAAGGCAUCGCUCACGCCGAAUGAUGACGGGGUGCCGAAGGCAUCACUCACGCCGAAUGAUGACGAGGUGCCGAAGGCAUCGCUCCCGUCUAAUGAUGGCGGGGUGUCGAAGGCAUCGCUCACGCCGAAUAAUGAAGGGGUGCCGAAGGCAUCACUCAUGCCGAAUAACAAAAACUUGUAG